AUGGCGCAGAAGGAGAAAGCUAGGGUUUCUGAUGACGAAGAAAUGAAAGCGCAACAUGAUCAAAGCAGUCUCUACCAGGUUCUUGGUGUGGAGAGAACGGCCUCUCAGCAGGAAAUAAAAAAGGCCUACUACAAGUUGGCGUUGCGGCUCCACCCUGAUAAGAACCUUGGUGAUGAGGAAGCUAAACAGAAAUUUCAGCAACUGCAAAAGGUGAUUUCAAUUCUUGGAGAUGAAGAGAAACGGGCCCUGUAUGACCAGACUGGUUAUGUUGAUGAUGCUGACCUUGCUGGAGAUGUUGUUCAGAAUCUUCAUGUGUUCUUCAGAACAACGUACAAAAAGGUCACUGAAGCUGAUAUUGAGGAGUUUGAAGCAAACUAUAGGGGAUCUGAUUCAGAGAAAAAUGAUUUGAUUGAUCUAUACAAGAAGUGCAAGGGUAAUAUGAACAGGCUUUUUUGUUCGAUGCUUUGUUCAGAUCCUAAACUUGACUCACACCGAUUCAAGGAUAUUCUUGACGAUGCUGUAGCUGCCGGAGAACUAAAGGAAACAAAAGCCUAUCAGAAAUGGGCUAAGGAAGUAUCUGAAACCAAACCACCGACAAGUCCUUUGAGGAGGAGGGCAAAAUCAAAUAAGCAGUCAGAAACAGAUCUGUACGCAAUCAUAGCACAACGCCGAAAUGAUAGGAAAGGCCAGUUUGAUUCAAUGUUCUCAUCUCUUGUUUCCAAAUAUGGGGGUGGUGAUAUGCCAGAACCCUCUGAAGAGGAGUUUCAAGCUGCACGGAGAAAGCUGGAGAGUGGUAGAUCCUCUAAAAAAUCAAAGCAAACAAAGCGGAAGUAG